UGUAUUUUCUUUCUUUUUCUCUUUGUUCUACCCGUUUUUUCCCAUUUUCCAUAUCCUCACUUACAACGAAAUGAGUUGCUACAUAAUAACACAAAUAUGUCGCCUUUCGGGUUUCUUAAAAACAUGCAAGGGUGUCGUAAGGGUGAGAAAGUAAAAGGAAUCCGUGACCUCAAAAAGUAUCUUAGUCAUUUUGGAUACCUAAACUACCAAAACAACCCUAAUGUCACAAAUCCUAAAGAAGAUCAUUUCGAUGAGGAGCUUGAGGCGGCUAUUAAAUCGUACCAAGUUUAUUAUCAUCUCAAUGCCACCGGGACGCUUGAUGAGCCUACCGUGUCCAAGAUGGUCAUGCCUCGUUGUGGGUUUCCAGAUAAGGAAACUCAUCAAUAUAGUGAUAAAUCUUUACAUACGGUCUCUCAUUAUCAAUUCUUUCCAGGUAGACCAAAAUGGCCUAAAGGAAAGAGGCAUUUAACAUAUGCGUUUGGAUCGCGUUUCCCUACCCGAUUCAUGCCUCCUGUAGCACGAGCUUUCAAAAGAUGGGCUACUGCUUCUCGAUAUUUCACAUUUUCAAGAGCUAGAACUUAUCGAAGUGCUGACUUAAAGAUUAGUUUUGCACGCCGAGCCCAUGGAGAUGGCGCCCCCUUUGACGGGCCAGGUGGAGUAUUGGCCCAUGCUUUUGCCCCUACAGAUGGAAGGUUACACUACGAUGCAGAUGAUCGUUGGGUGGUUGGAGCAGUCCGAAAUGCUUAUGAUAUUGAGACUUUGGCAUUACACGAAAUUGGACAUCUACUUGGGCUUGGUCAUAGCCAAUUCCCAAAAGCGAUAAUGUGGCCUACGUUUAGGGCAGGGGUAAUAAAAGGAUUGAAUUCAGACGACAUCCGAGGGCUUAGGGCUCUAUAUCGCAUCUAGCUUGUUCUAAAAACAAAGGCGAUUCGGUGCUUCGUAUGCACGAAAUUCAAAGCAAAAUAACAAAUGAUUAUUAUUUCCAAGGCAGAGUGUUUGUUUUCUUUUGUUGUAACAAUAUUGUGAAAGGCAUUGUGUGUGAUGGUUGUGAAUUUUUUUGAAGGUUUUGGUUUUAAUCCAGAAUGUCGUUUUUCAAUAAAUAUAUAAUUGUCUUAACACU